UUGAUCCCCGUAGGGAAAUUACGCUGUGCAUUUAACCCAUCCUAGCUGGGUAGCUAGGAGCAGUGGGCAGCCGCCGCGCAGCACCCGGGGACCAACUCCCGUUGGUCUUGCCAUGCCUCGGUCAGGGGCACAGACAGGAGUAGGAACCCUAACAUGCAUGUCUUUCUGAUGGUGGGGGGAACCGGAGCACCCGAAGAAGACCCACCGCAGACACUGGGGGAACAUGCAAACUGCACACAGAGGACGGUUCGAACCCAGGACCUUCUUGCUUCUUUCCUCUGACCCGUUCCCACUAUUGGACAAUCUGCACAUCUCUGCCCAUGGAAUCAGAGGCGACCGACUCCCAACCGUCACAGUCGGGAACAAGCUCCAUCCAGGAGCGCACCAUUGCGGAGAACAGCCUGGUGAUCCUGCUCCAGGGGCUGCAAGGGGAAGUGACCACGGUGGACCUGAAAGACGAGAGCACGGCACGAGGGCGCGUCAUCAAUGUGGACGCCUUCAUGAACAUACGUCUUGAGAAGGUGCUGUACCGUGACUGGCAGGGCCGCCUCACACAGCUGGAGGACCUCUUCAUCACCGGCAGGAAUGUCCGCUAUGUCCACAUCCCUGACCACUUGGACAUAAUGGAGACCAUACAGACCCAGCUGGCCAAGAUCCACCGGGUACGCAACUUUGCCAGCAAAACUGGCGGCAGAAAGGAGUAUGCCAAGAAAAAGACUUGAGUUUUGUUUUUCUUUUGUAGAAAAAAAGAAAUGCUUGUUCAGACUUGGCUGGGAUCAUUCCUAAAGACAUUUAAAACACAUUUACACACCCUUACUUUUCUAGUUUCAUUGAUGAAAUUGCAAUCAUUCUGGACUCUUCUUGUUGAAGUCUGUCAUGUACACAAGCAUCACACCAGAUGAAUAUGUUGUUGAUUUGGCAGCCUUGUACGUUAUUGUGUUUUAAUUACAGUCUGCAUUUGGCUACAGAUGAACAUUUUUUGUCCUUUUGUCCUAACACAAGAAUUGUUUUGUAAAGAAUGUGUCGGUGCUGUAAAUAAAGGCACUUGUA